AUGUCAUCGUCUCCAAUCAUUGGUAUAACUUUUGGUAACACUACCUCGUCGAUAGCCUAUGUCAAUCCAAAGAAUGACGUCGAUGUGAUCGCCAACCCUGACGGUGAACGUUCUAUUCCAUCUGUUUUGUCUUACGUUGGUUCUGAUGAGUAUCAUGGUGGCCAAGCUUUGCAACAACUGGUCAGAAACCCAAAGAACACUAUUAUAAACUUCCGUGAUUUCAUUGGUUUACCAUUUGCACAGGCAGAUGUUUCCAAGUGCGCAUAUGGUGCUCCAGCUGUGGAAGUCGAAGGUAAAGUUGGGUUUGUCAUCUCCAGAGGUGAGGACAAGCAAGAGACUAUUACUGUAGAUGAAGUUGUAGCUAGACAUUUGAGAAGGUUGAAAUUGGCAGCUGAAGAUUACAUUGGUUCCAAGGUUUCUGAGGUUGUUAUCACAGUUCCAACCAGUUUCACUUCUGAGCAGAAGGAGGCUUUGGAAGCUGCUGCUGGUAAGUCUGGCUUGAAGAUUGUUCAAUUCAUCAAUGAACCAUCUGCUGCUUUGUUGGCUCACGCGGAACAAUUCCCAUUCGAACAAGACGUCAACGUAGUUGUGGCCGAUUUUGGUGGUACCAGAUCCGAUGCUGCUGUUAUCGCUGUGCGUAACGGUAUCUUUACCAUUCUAGCCACCAAGCACGAUACCAACUUGGGUGGUGAUAACUUGGACAACGAAUUGGUUGAAUAUUUCGCCAAGGACUUCGAAAAGAAAAACAAGAGCAACCCAAGAACUAAUGCUAGAUCUAUGGCCAAGUUGAGAACUCACGCAUCCGCUACCAAGAACACUUUGUCCAAUACUACUUCAGCCACAAUCUCGAUCGACUCUUUGGCUGAUGGUUUCGACUACCAUGCUUCUAUCAACAGAAUGAGAUACGAAUUGGUUACAAACAAAGUUUUCUCCCAGCUAGCCGCUUUCAUCGACGAUGUUAUUGCCAAAGCUGAGCUAGAUCCAUUGGAUAUCUCUGCUGUCUUGCUCUGUGGUGGUGUCGCUUACAGUCCAAAAUUGACUACCAACUUGGAAUUUAUGUUCCCAGAAUCCGUCCAGAUCUUAGGUCCAGCUUCCAAGCAAGCUACUAGCCAACCAAACGAACUAUCUGCCUCUGGUGCAGCUCUACAAGCCAGAUUGGCAAGCGAAUACGAUGCUAGUGAAUUGGCCGAGGCUCUAAGCCCAGUUGUCAUCAACACUCCACACUUGCCAAAGGCCAUCGGUUUAGUUGGUUCCCAGGGCGAAUUCUAUCCAGUGCUGCUAGCCGAGACUUCUUACCCAGUGCAGAAGAAACUCACUUUGAAGCAAGCUAAGGGUGAUCUAUUGAUUGGUGUCUACGAAGGUGAGCAUCACGUUGAAGAAAGAACCGUCGAGCCAACUGAAAAAGAAGCAAAGGAACAGGAUGAUGAUGAAGAAGAAUGGUCUGACAGUGAGGAUGACGAGCCUGAGAUCAUUAGAGAGAAACUAUACACUUUGAGCACCAAGCUAAUGGAGCUAGGUGUCAAAGGUGUCACUAACGGUAUUGAAGUGGUCUUCAACAUCAACAAGGACGGUCUAUUGAGAGUCAGCGCUAGAGACUUGAAAUCUGGAGCUGUCGUCAAGGGCGAAUUGUAA